AUGAAAUCUAUAAUCACUUUCCUUUUAGCUUUCUUGAUCAUCUCUCCUACUCUUUCCUUUGCAACCCAACCCGAACACACUGGCCCUGGAUCAUCCAAACCAAAAUCCAACAGUAACAAGAAAGGUAGUGGAAAAGAUGGUGGGAUGGGUGAAUUCUUCGGACCCGGAGGGGGGUUCAAUAUACCCGGGUUUGGAAGUGGGUGGGGAAAUGGAAUUGGUGGCGGCUAUGGAGCCGGAUAUGGGGGUCCGAAUGGUGGGUACUCUAAAGGUGGCAUCAUAAGGUCCUCUGUAGUGUGCAAAGAAAAGAUACAAGAAGAAACUAGCAUGUCCGGCUAA